AUGUCAGGAAAGAUGUGCAGCAGCAACAGUGUUGUUCAGGCACAAAAACUAGUGGAUCAACUUCGGGUGGAGGCAAGCAUGGAGAGACUCAAGAUCUCCCUGACAGCAGCAGACUUGGUCCAGUACUGUCAGGACCACAGGCGCAGUGACCCUCUGCUCACCGGUAUUGCUGCCUCAUCCAAUCCUUUCAAAGAUAAGAAGACCUGUGUGCUGCUUUGACAGUCUUGAGCAGAGAUGUCCCACCACAGAAAAGACAGAUUAUCUUUUAUAAUGCCAAUCACUCGGUUUGUUUUUUUUCCACUGAAAGCUUUUAAAGCUUAUGAACAUUGCUCC